AUGCCAGUGGACAUUCGGAGCACAUUGAUCAACAGGCCUUUACUCCUUGCUAUCAGAUUCGGCCGUACGAAUAUUAUGGAGCUCCUUCUGCGCAAUGGAGCCCAAGUCAAUAUUGGAACAGAUAUUUCCGCCUUGGGGUACGCUGCGACCCUAGGGGACUACAACAUGGCCCUGUUACUCCUCCAGCAUGGCGCCCAUGUAGACCUUGUGGAUGGAAUACGAUGCGUUCCUCCUCUGGGAUGUGCCCUCAGAUAUGGGCCCAAAUAUCAAAUACAGUGGGACAAUUUGGCGUGGGUUGAUCCGUUAAAAUACAAAGGAGAGAAUGAUUUUGUGGCUGUGAUCCAGUUGCUGUUGGCUCAUGGGGCAGAUUCAAAUUUCCAAUCCGAUGGCGCCUUGACUACUUGCCUACACAUGAUCCCUGAGAGCCCAUGGAAAUCGACAGAGAAAGUCUUCGGUACUUGUCUUAAUUAUGGUGCUGAUUUGAACGCACGAAAUUGGCAAGGAGACACUCCUCUUCACACUGCUCUCUCCCCUAAUGCAUUCUGCGGAGAUACGAAAGUCCAAAGAGAGUUUGUGGAAUUGCUCUUAAGGUCCGGUGCCGAUGUUAACCUACAGAACCGGCAUGGACAGACACCACUCGGUAUCACAUUUGAGGAUCCGAGCAUAUUGGAACUUUUCUUGAAACCAGGGGCGAAUACUCGUUACCAUGGUAAAAUUGGUGCCGAAAUAAUUUUAAGGCUUCUGAGAAUACCGUUGCGAAAGCAAAAGAAAAGCACAAAUCAACAUAAGAUCAAUGAUAUAUUGAUAGAGCUACUCGUGGAGCGCGGGGCUUGCACAGAUCAAAUCAUUGAUGGAAAAUGUCCAUUGGACCAGUGCGCAGCAAGGACAUACCAAGUGCUGAAAGAUUUGAGCAGUAGGAGGAAAAAAGCUCCAAGUAAAGUUCCUUCAGAGAAGUCUCUCCCAAAAAAGGUAUCCCAGGCCCUGACGGAUAGCGGGCUGAUGAGAAAAGCCACAGACUACAAAAGGACCCCCAAUCCUGCGAGAAAACUGCCCCCGAGAAAAGUCACGAAGAUUACGAAGUCCACGAAGUCCACGAAGUAA